GGCCGCAGCAGUGCCAGCCGGGGCCGAUGGCUUCCCCAUUCACACGUCCAGUCAGCAGCACCUUUGAUCACGGAGGGGAUUUAACCCCAGCGAGGGCCCAGGUCUCCAGCUCGGUCAGUCACCUGGAGAUAAGACGUGGGAGAUCAUGUCUGCGGUUCACGGGAAUAUGCGCGUCGGGGAUCUGAAUCAUUUCCAGAUGUAUCACGAAGGGCCUCUGCAGAUGAACAGCAUGGUGAACUCAGAUUAUGGAGCCUCAGAUGUGACAAACUACUUCAACUCUUCAAACCCCGCACCGAGGGCGGAUAAAUGCGUGGCCAUACUGACGCACAGGAGAAAGAGGACCAACUUCACCCAGCAGCAAAUCGAGGUGCUGGAGAAGGUUUACUCAGACACCAAAUACCCCGACAUCUACCUACGAGAGAGAUUAGAGGCCCUGACGGGGCUACCGGAGUCCAGAAUUCAGGUGUGGUUUCAGAACAGAAGGGCCAAGUCUCGUCGCCAGGUGGGCUCAUCGGUGCCCAUGAAGGUCGCCAAUCCACCAGCGGCUGGGCCCUUCAGCCAACUCCAGAGCAGGAUGGGCCCCGAGAAAGUGUACGACAACAAUCACGGUGCAGAGGCACACAGGAUUGGCGGUUUCGGAUUGGAGGACAGUUUCAGGCCUACAAUGCACCAAAACGCUGAGGACCCACACCGAACCAGUCUACCCCCCAAACACAGCAGCUACGAACACACAUCCGUCUCCUGCAUCUACGAGAAGGAGGGAACCAGAGUGAAGCCCGAGCAGAUGCAGCGACAUGAGCUGAGUGUUAACGUGCCGUGCUGUAACGUCCAUCUGUAUCCCAAGGAGAACGAGCAUCACCCCAAGAUCGAAGCCGACAUGACAGGGAACCAGGGUCCAAAAGUCCUGGUGGAAUAUGACAAUUUCCCACCCAACAAAACCAUUGGACCAGAGAUGAAGGUUGUGAUCCCUCCCAUCCCGACGCAGAAUAACUUCAACAGGUCGUCACCAAAGGAUAAUGGAUGCCCAAUCCGGUAUUCACAAGUUAGGGCCGCAGGGGACAGGUUCAGCCACUUUUCCCCAAUCCACGCCACUGAGGCACAGGACUUCACCGAUUCAGACUCGGACUGGGAAAACGAGGCGAUGGCUGGCUUUGGUGGCUUUAUGUGAUCUAUUCUAAGAGCUUACAUUAAGAAACCUACUUGUAUCAUAAGAGGCAGUAUACAGUUGUGUGUUUGCAUAAAAGGAAAAGUUGUAUUUAUUGGAAAAUAGUAAUAAAACUGUUGAUUGUAAAAAAACGAAAGCAAAAACA